AUGCCUUUCUGGGGAUCAAAGGCCUCCCAGCCGCCGGCGGAGAGCGACGCCAGCUCGACGCAUGAGGCAUCCGAUCCUAAGAACGAUCCCGUUGCGUCGGCCUCGCAGGCGGCGGGCACGGCUUGGCUCGCGGGCCACCUGCACCAUUUGACCGAUGAGCAGGAAAAGAAGCUAGAGGAUUUCAAGAAGCUGUGUGAGGAAAAAGGCUACUACAAGCCCGAGCGGGAGGGAGAGAAGGCCACCCAUGAUGAUGCGACGAUGCUGCGCUUCCUUCGUGCACGCAAGUUUGACAUUGACGGCGCUUGGGGCCAGUUCAAGGAUACGGAGGAUUGGCGUCGGGACAAUGCCAUUGAAUCGCUGUACGAGAACAUCGAAGUGGACUCGUACGAUGCUGCUAGGCGGAUGUAUCCCCAAUGGACCGGUCGUCGAGACCGCCGCGGUAUUCCCGUCUAUGUUUUCGAAAUCAAGCACUUGAACAGCAAGAACAUGGCCGCAUACAACUCGACCAUGUCCUCUUCCGCCUCGACUUCCGAGACGCACCAGUCCUCUACGGUCCCGCAGCGUCUACUGCGCCUUUUCGCUCUCUACGAGAACCUCCUCAACUUCGUCAUGCCUUUGUGUUCGCAACUCUCUCGCCCCAACCCGGAAACGCCGAUUGUCACAUCAACCAACAUUGUCGACGUUAGCGGGGUUGGACUCAAGCAGUUCUGGAACCUGAAGGGACACAUGCAAGAUGCCAGUGUACUGGCCACUGCUCAUUACCCGGAGACGUUGGACCGGAUUUUCAUCAUCGGUGCUCCCUCCUUCUUCCCUACCGUUUGGGGCUGGAUCAAGCGCUGGUUCGACCCUGUCACCACCUCGAAGAUCUUCAUCCUCUCCGCCGCCGAAGUCAAGCCCACUCUGGCUGCCUUUAUGGACCCAUCCAGCAUCCCUAAGCAAUACGGUGGUGAAUUGGACUGGCAGUGGGGCGACAUGCCCUACCUUGACGAAGAAGCCCGCAAGCUCGUGGGGGUUUUGGAAACCCCUCCUGCCGAGGGCGAAACCAAGCCUAGUUUCAUCAAGGGCCCAGUUUUGUUCAAGGGCGACCACGUCGAGGUUCUCGGGAAGGUGAACGGCGAGAGCCGGAAAUCGGAUGUCCCUGUUGGUGCCUCUCCAGCGGAGUCGAGCAACGGCGCUGCUCCUGUCCCGGCUGAGAAGCCCACCGAACCGGAGCAAGAGCUGUCCGAACCCGUCAGUGAGAACGAGAAAGUCCUCCUGCAAGAGCCGGCUUCGGCCAACGAGGAGAAUGCCCCCGCGCAAACAGCCGCCGCUUAA